GUCCGCGCUUUUUGAGAUUAGCUUGGCUGGUCUGGUCUGAGGUCUGCUACCCGCAACAGGUUUGGCGGAGAAGGCAACGUCUAGAUUUACUUAAAUUAAUAAUAGUAAUAUAUUUUGUAAUAUAUUACUAAUGAACCAUUUUAUAGUAUGGCACCAAACGCUAUUGAAGCAGACGUGGCAUGCAACUUACAGAAGCCACAUUUUAUAAGAAGUCUCACUCAGUCCAAGUGUAAGUACCAUAAAACACCUUAAAGUAGAUGAACAUAAGAAAACAAAACAUGACCACAUGGGAUACAAGAAAUGAAUGGAGAUGAGCUGAGGGGAGGAGACGGGUGAGAUGGAGGUUAAACCUAGAGAUGAAUCCAUCAUAAUCCAUUUCUCAUUUCCAGACAGAAGACUGCAAACAUGAGGGACAUCAACAGCUCAGCAGUAAUGCUCUUUUCUACACUCAUUUUGUUUCAGUUUCUGGGAGAAACUUUGAGUAAACCUGCUUCGGUCAGAUUAGUUAAUGGAGCCAACGCCUGUUCUGGCAGACUGGAGAUUCUUUAUAAUGGAACAUGGGGACCAGUGUGUGCUGCUCAAUGGGAUUUAACAGAUGCGACUGUGUUGUGUAGAGAACUUGGAUGUGGGUGGGCUAGGAAAGCCAAAAUAGAAGAAAUAGAUAUGAACCAAAAAGCCUGGACGACUGAUGUCCUCUGCACGGGAUAUGAAUCUAGACUGAUGGACUGUAAAAAAGACAUUUGGGGAUCAUAUUCGUGUGGUGGAACGUAUGCUGGAGCUAUCUGUGACUCUGUUGUCAGAUUGGUAGACGGCAUCAACUUUUGUUCUGGACAAGUGGAGAUUUUUCAUAAUGGAAUCUGGGGAACGGUGUGCAAUGAUGGCUGGGGAAUUCAAGAUGUUCAAGUGGUCUGUAGAGAGCUCGGCUGUGGGAUUCCUCAACUAGGAGCAUUUCAAAUUCAUUAUGGACAGACUUCAAAACAAGUAUGGAUGAAUAAUGUAAAUUGUUCAGGACAAGAGACAUAUUUGAGGAACUGUAAUUUUGAUGGAUGGGGUAAAAGUUUGUGUAAUUCUUCAGAGAACGCUGGAGCCAUCUGUACAUACCCUGUGAGGCUGGUGAAUGGCUUUGAUUCUUGUUCUGGACGAGUGGAGGUUUAUCAUAAUGGUCAAUGGGGAACAGUGUGUGAUAAUGGCUGGGAUCUAUCAGACGCUGCAGUGGUGUGUAGAGAGCUGCGCUGUGGCCCUUUUCAAGAGACAGUGGGUGGGGCUUAUUUUGGGCGGGGAUCAGGACCAGUAUGGAUGAGUGGUGUUGACUGUGUUGGAUCUGAAUCUACACUGAUGAAAUGUAACUCCACCGGUUGGCGCUCGAAUGGCUGUGAGCAUCAGCAGGAUGCUGGAGUCAUUUGCAAAGGUGAUGGUAAAGUACUGUUGAGGAUUGAGGUAAAGGCUGGAGUCAACCCAAAUGAUGCUUCAAUGAAGAACGCACUGUUGGAGGAGAUAUGGAAGAAGAUGAAAGUAAAUGAGACCUUCUCACUGAAAUGGAAAACUCAAUCCAAUGGAAAAGUUUUUCAGGAAGUCCCACAGAACCAAACGAUUGUACAACCGUGCAACUGAUAUGCAUUAAAAUGUUUCAUUAAUUACAAAUGUCUUAUUACCUUUUUAGGAAAAUAAGGAAACAAAUCAUAUGAAAAUGUUUGUUAAAGGGUGACAUUUAUACUGCAUGUAGCGUUUUAUCUUUCAUUCUGAUUUAUAAGUCAGACUUUAACAAAUCUAUACUGCAAUGUUCACCCUAGCUCUAUACACUAGUGACUUUCAUGGUCUUCAUAUGUUUUUAGUCUUGAUCGAUGUUUUGUACUUUUGCAUCUUGUAAUGCAAGGUUUAUUGCAUAGCUUCUACACA